AUGGAUGAGGAGUUUGACAGUGGAUACCACAGCUUUAGGGACAAUGCCUCCAUCAGUUCCAGUGGCCCCAUUUCCCCUAACUCCACUGCUAUUGAACAACUGCAACAGAAGUAUUUUGAGGAAUCCCGAAUGAAAAAGAAUGUUCUAACUUUGAUGAUCCGGUGUGUGUAUGAGUCCAUCAUGGAUAGUUGUUCAAAACCCUGUGACGUUUUAGAGGCCAGGAACGUGUCGUCUGCUGAAAUUGUGUCAUCUGCUGUCAAGAUUAAACCCACCAAACACCAGUGUCAUGUGUGCGGGGAGACUUACAGAGAAACUAUCACAUUGCUACCCACACCGGCAUCCGGCCUCACAAAUGUUCCAUCUGCGGCAAGGCCUUUACCCAGAAGUCCACUCUGCGCACGUACUUCCGGAUUCACACUGGCGAGAAACCGUACAAGUGCCGAACCUGCACUCGUGCAUUUGCGGACUACUCCACCUGCAUGA